CUGGAAAGUGCACUGGUAGAUGUAAAUACCGAAUAGUUGUCCGAUUGAAACCUUCCCGAGCAAGAAGAAGAUGAGUUUCUCUAAUUGAGAACCCUGGAAUCCACGGCCCCUCAAAACAUUUUGGUAGCACACACACGAGAUUCAAAUUAAAAUGGCAAAUAGGUAAAAUUAAUCAUAUUAUUAUUUGAUUAAAAAAAAAUUAAUAUGAGGCUGUAUUUAGCAAAAGAUAGAUGCUGCAUUUACAAUUAGCCAAAAUUUAAUACCCAAAAAGAAAGCCCAUCAACCCAAAGCUAUGGAUGGCUCUACCGGUGAUUAAUACUGCGUAUGAGUAAACCCUACCCUCAUCCACUUUGCGUUGUGUCUGCAUGGCGACCCCCCCAGGCUCAUCCUCAAUCGAGCCCGAGUUGAAGAAACCAAAACUCGAUCAUGGUGGUGAUCAAUGUGAGGUGGAAAGUUUUGAGGAAGAACCUGAAGAAUGGGAAUUUGAAAAGGAAAUUUUACCCCAAGAUUUCCAGGAUGAACUCUAUGUUGAACUCUGCAACUCGGCUCUUGCUUAUUACCUGGAUAAGCAUCCAGGAGAAUCUUAUGGGUUCAAGAACAUGAAAGGGGGGUAUUGGUGGUUUGUUUGGCAAACUGCGACUUAUGUGUUGGAAUUUUGUGCUGAAAAUCUGAACAUGGAUGAUAAGCGUCUACAAAGCUUUAGUGCCAGGGUUCUUUGUCAUCAUCGGAAGGAGCCUGAACUUUUAGAAAUAAAGAAAUGUGUGCUACUCAAAGAUGGGGUUGAACAGUUUGAGAAAUGGGAUAGGUUUGGUGAUGCUAUGCCAGAAAUUCCGCUUGAAGAUCUUAAGAAAAGAGGAAAGGAAUAUGAAAAUGCAGUUGAACUUUGCAGAUUGGCUCUUCAAGAUUACCAAUCUAACCAUCCCGAAGAAUGUUAUGAGUUUGUGAGCCUGAAGAAGGUGAAACGUUAUCUCUUUCGUGGUUUUCAGUACAAACUUGUAUUUCUUGCCAAACACACAACUCUUGAUGACAAUCCUCUGGCAACCUUUCAAGCCUUGGGUUUUCACCUCGUGCGAGCUGUUGAAGUACAUGAAUGCGAGACCAUUGGAUAGGGUUAUGGUAUGGUAACCUGCACCAGCCCUAUUUAUGUAAUCCGAUGAGUAAUUUAUGUUGGUAACUAUUUAUGUUGUAAUAUGUGUCCACGGAGUAUUUCCAUCAUUUUCAAUAGAGCCAAAGACUAACUACUUUUUGGCUUGGGAAUAUGAUGGAAUAAAGCAAAAUGACUCAAUAAACUGUGUGCGCUUCUUUGAUAUGAAGUAUGAUCAGUCCAUGCAUUUUUUAACGCGAUUUUCACUAUGGGUCAUCCGGAAACAGUCUCUCUAUGCUUUAAUAUACGGGUAAGACUGUGUACAUCUGA